UACCCUCUCUCUGUUGUAAAUUGUUCAAGUUUCAUGCGCACGAGAAAAAAAAAAUAUUGGAUGCUGCUAUCUGCAAAGUGCAAAGUUAAAAUUUCAGUUCUCAGUUGAACACCGACACUCAUAGACACCGAGUCUUACAGCUAAAAUCUAAAAAAAAUUACUAUUCCAAAUAAUUAUUUAAAUAAAUAUAUUAUUUGAAAAGAAAAAACAAAAAAAAAUUGAAGCAUCUAUAAAAUAAAAUAAAACCACCAAUAGUGACUUUGAUUUUACAAAAAUUUAUUCAUUUUCCCUAUUCAUAAAUAAUCUUUUCAAAUAAAUAAAAAAAGACAAUUAAAAAUUUUUCUUUCUCUCUGUAAUAUACUACUUCUGUUUGUCUUUUUUUUUUCAUAUUUUUCUGAUAAAUAAAAAAAUAAAACAAGUCUAUAAAAUCAGAGUAACUCUAUGUAUUUUCGAAACGAGUUAACGAAGAACAAAAGAAUGACAAUUGAGAUAGUAAUUUGUCAGUGAAACGAGGACAAUUCCCAAGUAUAAAAAUCCAAAAAAAAAAAAGCAAAAGAGCAAAAUAAUAUAAAAAUCCUUGAUUUCAAAUUAAAAAAAAAAAAAUACUUUUUUCCUAUCAUCUUUGAAUAAAUCAUUCGCUUUGAUAUGACAGAUUUAUCUUUAGCAAAAAAAAACUAAAAAAAAAAAAAAAUUCAGAUAAACGUAUGUUUAAAAUUCUGUCAUAUAAAAAAUUCUGUUGUAAAUAAUAAAAUAGACAAGUGUCAAUGUAUGACAAUGUCGGUUCAAGAGGCGCGAGACUGUCAUAGUGUUUGAAGAGAUUGAGCAUCUUCCUCCUGAAAAAAUCCAAAAGAAUAUAAAGAAAUAAAGAAAAAAAAUCUAGACAGGAAUUGAGAGGAAAAAAAAAAAAGAAAAGCUAGUUACAGGAAGAAGCAAUUCUUGCUGAGUAAAAGAAGAAAAAUAAAUAGAAAAAAAAAAAAAGUGCAUUAAACGAAACAAAAGACUAUCAAACAAGGACCAUGACUAGCCGAAUAAAAGUGCCUCCAACAAUCUUGGCCACAUGGACUGUCUUUAUCAUUAUGGUACUUUGCGUCGCAGAAAUACAAGGUCUAACUUGUUAUAAAUGUGGAUUAUACAAUGAAGGGGUAGGAAGUAUAACACCAUGUAUAAAUUCAACAGCUCAAAUGCACCUACAGCAAUGUCCAGCAUCAGCUGAAUUCUGCAUUAAAUAUGUUAGUGAGGGUUCAACAGUACGAGAUUGUGUUGGAAGUUGCGUUGAAAAGGAGGCAUGGAGUACACGUACAUACUGCUGCAAGAAGGAUGGAUGUAAUAAAAGUGGUCCUGGCAUACAUGACACCACCACAAAGCUGACAACAAUUGCAUUGGGCAUUGUUUUUGUCUGCAGUAUUCGUGGCUAAUGAAAAUUCUAGUUUGUUUUCUUGGCUAUACACAUUGUCCCUUCAUCAAUUCACUGUCAUCAAGCUAAAGAAUAUUAGUCAAAUUGUUUAUUACCUAGAGGCUAGUAUAAAUAUUUAACAAAAAUAACAAAAAAUUUAGGUCAAAAAAUAGCAGUACUUAUAUAUUUUUAUUCUUUUCAAAAAUUAUAUAUACAUACAACAAUAUGUAUCUUUUUAUUUUCAAUUAUUUUCAUUUUUUUUUUACUAUAAUAUAUUGUUGGUGUUUUUAUUUUUUUGAAAAAUCCAAUAUCUGACUUGGAAAAUUGCUGCACUAUCAAACUUUUUAUGAUUUAUUUGAACUUUUUUUUCUUUUUUUUCUAUUUGCAGUCAUUUUUUUUUUUUUAAUGUCCAUUUAUUUUUGCUAUUAAUUUUCAUCAUUGACAGACUCAAUUUUCAAAGAAAAUAUAUAUUUGAAAAGUUCAUGUGAAAGUUACACGUACAUUGAGACAUUGAGCGAUAAUAAAUCUUUUCUUUUCUUCAAAUGACAUAAUAAAACAUUUAAAAAAUAAAUAAUAAUAAUACAAUCAAAUAUAUAAUAAUAAUUUUUAACAAAUCUUAAAUAUUGAUUCUAUAAAAUUUCUUCUAUCGUUGUUGUUGUUAUGAUUUUUUUUUUAUAUAAAUAACACAAUUGUAUUGAUAAAAAAAUUAUUAAUAUUAUAUCGUCAAAUAUUAAAUAUAAUUUAUGACCCCUCUAAUUUCAUAUGUGUAUUUUUAUUUUUUCAAUAACACGUAAAUUAUUUUAAAUUCAAAAUUACUUAAUAAAGUUCAACAAAAAAAAACCCAUCAUUAAUAUUAUUUAAGUAUUAUUCAUUUUAAUGGCUUUAUUAUUCCAUCAUUUUUUAAUUUAAAAUUUUUUUUUCGAUUGUCACUUAGUGGGGUCAUAAAUCUGGCAUAAAAAAAUUUUAAAAAAAUUCAAUUUUAUAUUAAUAAUAAUAAAAAAAAACAAAAAUGACAAUUAUUAUCAUUGAAAAUACUAUGAAAAAUUAAACUGCUGAAUAAAUUAUAAAGAAAAAAAAUAUAUAUUAUUCCAAAGAUUAUAAUAAUAUUAUAGAACACAAAGAAAAUAAAAAAAAUAAUAUUAAUAAUAAUAACCAAGGGACUUAAUCUACAUCUAAAUUUAAUUCACUAGUAUUUUGAGAUAACUAUUUCGAAAUCUCAUAAUAGUUUUAGCAUACGUUUCGUGAUUAUCCUAAAAAAGUUUUUAAAAAAUUAAUAGCCUCAUAAGUAAAUAAAAAAAAAAUAAUAAUAUUUAAAAAAGCGACAAACUUUUAAAGUCAUUGAUUAAAUAGUAGAAAAAUAAUAUCAAAAUGACAAAUGAAAAAAAAAAAAAAAAAUGCCAUUUUUACAUUUUAAAAUUUAAAUGCUUGUUAUUUGGCUGUAUGCUUUGUGAUAGUGUCUUUAUAUAUAAUUAAAUUUUAAAUAAAUUGAGUUGCAUCAUGUUUCGUAUUUUAAUAAAAUCUAUCAUUAAUAAUUUAAAAAUUUAAAUGAAAAAAAAAAAAUACAAACAAGAGGCCAAUAUAAAAACCAAAAUAUAAUUUUUUUUCAUUAAAUUUUAUUAAUUUAAUUAGCACAAUUUCAUUAUAUAUAUAAAAAAAUAAAGCAAUAAAAUAUUAUCAAAUUUAUCAAUCGAUUUAUAAAUAGUACAAAAUGAUUAAUUAUUAUGGAAAUUAAUUUGACAUGAUAGAGAAGAUGUAAGCUGUGAAUUAUGAUAAAUUGUUUCAGUCAAAAUAACAAAAAUAUAUUUCCUGGCUAAAGUUAUAAAACUUUGCUGUUUUACGUGACUCAGUUUGAUAAUAUAAAAAUUAAAAAUAUAAAAAACGUCGAUUGCCUGUGCAGAAAAUAAAGUUAUGAAAUUUAAAAAAAAUAAAUAUCAUGUAUCCUUAAAGUUGUACGUUUAUAUUAGAGCCGCAAUAAAAUCAAUCCGCUGGUAAUAUAUUUUUUUUAUUUUGAAAAUUUUUUUUUUUUAUAUUUCCUGUUUAUUCCCUAAAUUGUCAAAAAGUUAUAAAUGAUCAAUUUGUUACAGGUGUUGUAUUUUAUUUUCUUUGAACCACUAUCGA